AGAUCUAAAUGUUUCGGAUCCUGAUGAAAAAUCAGUUAUGACGUAUGUGGCUCAGUUCUUACAGUACUCGAAGAAUAGAGCAGAUCCUGCAAGAGACACAACAGAUCGAGUCAGGAAAGCCAUGGAAUGGUUGAACUUGGAGGAACAAACCUUAAAAAAAUUGUUUUCUGAAAUGAAAGAUGAGACAUACACAAAAAAAAGUACCAGGAGAUCUUGCUAUUCAUGAGGAGGUUUAAUGAACAGAAGCGAAUUUACAUGUCUGAUUUGGCUGUGGAAACUCUACAACCUGAGGAACAACGACUUAUAAAGCAGUCACUUGAAAACAUAACUUUCCAGAUUGCAGAGUGGAAGGAGCAGCUGGAUCGCAGUAUGCCACCCCCCUCUGGAUGCUAUAGAGAGUUGGCUCUCAGAAGUCGAAAAUCUGAUGUCACAGACAUUGCCUGAGUCAGGAAGCCAC